AAAUGAUAAUAACGAACCGAGUUCGAGGUGAUUAUACAUCGAGUUGCCGAUUGUUCCUGCUGGUAGCCUUUAUAUUAAGUGUUGCUUUUGCAUUUUGACUACGAUGGAUUUAUCGGCCAUGCUACACGUUUAUGUAGACGUCGUUGAUGUUGACGUGAAUGUUGCGGGUGCGCAUGUAAGCUAACCAACUUUUCGAGCUAUUCUGUAUAAAAAGCUAGGUAGCGAUUGAUACGGCGUCAGAUUGCCAGCAUAGUUAACAGUGUGAACAACAAUACAAAGAAAUAAUUCUAGGCGUAAAGUUGAGGUUUUGAACUUUCAACACAAGAUAAAAAAGUGAAUUUUGGUAAAACAAAGUUUAAUUGGUUUAAUCGUAUUAAAUUUGUAAACAAAUUGUUAUACCUACAUAUUCUGUAAUUUAUCAACGCGCAAAAUAUUGGAUUUAAAAUAGGAAAAAUGAUGAAAAUAAUAACAAUCUCUAUGUUUUAUGCCCUACUAAUGAUGACAAUUGAUUCAAUUGAGUCGCGACCCCAAAGUGCACUCGGCAACGAUCAGGAUCUAGAUAAUUUUGGACAGGAUGUCGACGAAGUGCGUAAUACCUACUAUGAGCUCCCAGUGCCUUCAACUUACUCUGCCGUUCCUUUUGAUCGCCUGCAAAUGUUAAUCGCGCAAUAUAGACCUACUUCUUUUGAUACUCUUAACAGAUCUUAUAUUCGCACACCUGGGUGGAGCAGCGGCAUGAACGAACUUUUCCGUAUGCCUGAGACAAAACGCCAAGUUAGAUAUCGUCAAUGCUACUUUAACCCCAUUUCCUGCUUUAAAAAAUAAAAUGCUGGGUGAUGUAACCAAAACUACGAACUCCAAUACAAAUGACGAAACUUUCUUACAUACAUAUGUAUAUAUAAGCUUGUAUUUGUAAAUAUAUGUUAAACACUAAUAACAAAAAUGUUUAAAAUAUUAAGCAGUUCGCUAUUUAAAAAGUCACUUAGAAUCAACAUUUCAAACAGAAAGCUUCUUUGAUCCUGUUAAAUAUUUACGUAUGUAUUUAUGUACAUCAUAAUAAAGUGUUUUUUUUCUACCUUCCUUCGCAUAUUAACUAAUGUUGAAUGCCAUAAACGUGUAUCCAAAAAUAUAUCUAAAUGUAUGUAAGUGCAUUAUUAUAGUAUUCAGAUAUUAAUAAUCAAAAUAUACCUACUUCUUAAGUACUCAUUUUUUCUUUUUAUCUUAAGAAGAAAUAAAGGAAAAUAGUAUAUGUUUGUAGAUAUUAAAUUACUAAAUAAAUAAUUACCUCACAGCUCAUUAUAUGAUUUUAAAAUACAAUUAUAUAUUAUAAUAUUUAGAGCAUAUAUGCAUAUAUGUGUGUAUAUAUUUAUCAUCUGUUUAUGUAUCUUUAUUUAACUGCUUAAUUUCAUUUAAGAUGGAAUGUAUAUGGUGUGGUAAAUACAUGCAUAUAUAUAUAUGCACACUUAUAUACCGACACUUUAAUAUUUCAGAUACAAAAUAUUUCUAAUAAAAAACAUUAAUAUAUUUUUCCGAGUAUUCGCCAAACAUGAAACAAUAAGUGUGCAUAUUAUUUUAAAACUGAAUAAAUAACACCUACAUAUGAAUAUUUAAGAAAUAAUAAUAAAAAAACGGAGUGUGAAAUUAAUUAACAUAGUUUUACUUUAUGAAUAUAAGUUAUUAAUUACAAGUUUAAACAUAGAAAACACAGAAGUGGCGAUACGAAGACAGCUUUUGGAUAUAUCCUAUAUAAUAUAAUAUUCAAGAUUUUUUUAGAUUAGUAGCAAAUGGGUUGUACUUCAUCU